CAGUCUUGAAAGAAAGGGCAAAGGGAAAGCGGCGUUUCAUUUCAGUCGUAAACGGAUUCCGAAUACUUGAAAAUUUUUCAAAGACAAAUAGGUGGCGGCGGAAGAGAGUGAGGAUCAAUGGCGGUUCCGGGGAGGCGCAAUGGCCUGAACAACGAGGAGGAUGAAGAAGAAGACAACGCCCUUUUUGAAGAAGAAGGUAUCCUCGAAGACACCGAUACUCCUCCUCAUCUUCGUGACCUUUCCGCCGCUGCUCAGCGCGGCGACCUCCACGCCCUCCGCCUCGCUCUAGAUAACUUGACUGGUAGUAUCAAUGAGCCAGUGGAGGAUGGGGAUACAGCUCUUCAUUUGACCUGUUUAUAUGGCCAUUUGGCAUGUGUCCAGCUGCUCCUAGAAAGAGGAGCGGACUUGGAGGCUAAGGAUGAAGAUGGUGCAAUUCCUUUACAUGAUGCUUGUGCAGGAGGAUUUACAGAGAUAGUCCAACUGCUAAUUAACAGAGCUAAUGACUCAGAUCAUAUAAAAAGGAUGCUAGAAUCAGUUGAUGCUGAGGGUGAUACUCCACUCCAUCAUGCUGCAAGAGGUGAGCAUGUUAAUGUAAUUAGGUUGUUGCUGUCUUAUGGCGCGUCUUCCACAAAGACAAACUUAUAUGGAAAGACUCCAACAGAGUUACCUGAGCAGGACACGGAUGCUAGGAGGCUGCUCGAAGCUGCCGCUACUGCAAUGGCAUGCUAAUAGCAUGUUAGUUAGUAUUAGCAUGGUAAUUAGUAGAAAUACUUAAUUUCAUUUUGGUAGAGACGGUACUCUUUUUGGACCAUUUGAUCUGAGUUAUGUAUACUCGUUUCUUGAAGUUCAGAAAUGAUUUACUAGGGAGACACCUUUGUGAAUUUUAACCUUUUUUUUUUUAUAUUUCUAAAUGGAGAGUUAGAAACGAGAAUUCACGGAUCAUUUUUAACCUGGUACGUUUUUCAUUAGUUUGCUUAUUUAAAUAUAUUUACACUUCAGGAUGUAACUGAACUAU